ACCCACGAGUUGCGUAACAUCUUCACCACAAAACACCAUAAAAACCAGCUGAAGACUGUCUUUUGCAUUUUUGAAGUGUCGCUUUAGUUGGAGAAAAUGUCUACGAAAGUUGUGGUGCAUUACUUCAAUGGACGAGGGAAAAUGGAGUCGGUCCGCUGGCUGCUGGCUGCAGCCGGAGUCGAGUUUGAGGAAGUGAUUUUGACCAAAAGGGAGCAGUAUGAAAAACUACUCAAUGAUGGAGCCAUGAUGUUUCAGCAGGUGCCUUUGAUUGAAAUAGACGGGAUGUACCUCGUGCAGUCAAGGGCCAUCAUGAAUUACAUCGCCGGAAAAUACAAUCUCUAUGGAAAAGACCUUAAAGAACGGGCUCUGAUCGACAUGUAUACAGAGAGUACCAUUGAUGUAAUGGAUAUGAUUAUAGUGCAACCUUUUUCACCACCUGAAAACAAACAGAAACAACUCAGUGCUAUAGAGCAAACGGCCAAAAGUCGCCAUCUGCCUGCGUUUGAAAAGGGUCUUAAAAACUCCCAGUUCCUUGUGGGAAACCAGUUGAGCCGUGCCGACGUUCACCUUCUUGAAGUCACUCUGAUGCUGCAGGAGUUAUUCCCUACAAUACUUUCAACCUUUCCCAACAUCCAGGCGUUUCAGGAGAAAAUGAAGGCCUUGCCAACAAUCAGCAAGUUCCUCCAGCCUGGCAGCAAGAGAAAAUCUCCACCUGAUGAGGCGUAUGUGAAAGUUGUGAAGGAGGUGUUGAGCCACUAUUUUAAGUAGAAGGCCCACAGAAAAACCAUGGCUUUACAUUAAUUGUUAAUGAAUUUAAAUGAAUUUAAAACCAUUAGACGAUGUCAAUCACUAAUUAAGUUACAAACCUACAUGUUAGAAGAUUAAAGCUGAGACUCUAAAAUGGACAGAUUUAUUUGGAAUGUACAAGAUACAAAUUGGUGAUAAAAAUUGAUGAAAUGAACAUUGCAAAUAUCCAGACGACGAUGUGAGAAAGGUCCAAGUGCGGUCUGUCCAUGGACCCUUAGAAGAUCAAAAGCCGCAAAACCAUCAGGAAGCUGAAAACAGAAGACAGUCUGAAUGGCCAUUUAUACCAAACCAUCAGAAUAAACAUCAGCGAGCGACUCUCAGUGCUUUGACAGACUGUUCAUCGUGACACUUCUGCACAUGUCAAUGUGACCUAACAUGUAUUUGCUCUAGUAAUAUCAUACCAAUAAAUAUGAUUCAAUAUAA